AUGAGUCACUCGUUUUCCCAUGAUUCCCCCUUUCCAUCCGUCCCGGAUUUCAUAACUAGUCAAGAAGAGCAACCGCGUUACGUUCGAGAAGAACCUUUGGGGGCCACGGCUUUCUCGGGAAUGGAUGAAUACAAGGAAGGGUAUGACUAUUCCCAACCGUGUUCAAGGCGGAGAAAUGCUAAGAGUGUUCGACUAUGUGUCACUGCAAGUGGAAAAUCCAGGAAAUGUGACAGAGGCAGGGUGGCCAACACCAUCAAGCCCCCCCCAGAACGACCAGUUGCUCAGAAUAUUCGAAGAGCUGGUAUGGAAAUGGCCUCUCUAUUUCAAAUUGAUCCUCAAGAACACGGGGCGGCGAGAGCGGAGGGUCCACUGGAAACUGGGCAAGGUAAUACCCAUGUUGCCGCACGCAUCAAAAAAUGGCAGUCCAUCGUCAAACAUGCCGGGGUGGAUUGGGGUCUCACCAAUGAAUCUCAUGGCACCAGAGAGGUACCAAGGAAGCGGGGGAGGGAAGAUGAAUUUUUGUCCGAAGAAGGCAAUCUACGAUCACCAGUGAAGAAAAUAGUCAUUAGAACACAGGCGUCGGCUGGUGAGCAAUGGAAAGAUCAGUCUCGAGGCAAGUUGUUUCUAGAGGAGAACGCUGCUCAACUAACUGGGGAAGAGGCGAACUGGAACUUAGAGGAAGGCAAGAGUUCUGAUGCAACCUCUGAUAUCUGGGGUGAAGUAAUUCCAAGCCCAUUUGAUGGAAAGUUUAUCAUAGAGAAAUUGAAAACGCAAGCCAACGAUAUGGAGAAGUUUAUAGCUAAAAAAACCAAGGAUAUUGCCGGAUUGAUCCCAAAGGGUGAUAAUUUUACAGGCUUUUUAGGUAUUUGGAAUGAUAUGCGGGAUAAGUUCAAAGCUUACAAGGGAGAAGUCAAGCUUAUCGUCAAACCUCUUGAAGGCCAAUGA